AUGUGUUGUAAGGCCAGUGCGGUUGCUGAUUUCCACGAAGGAUGUGAGGUUGUUCAUAUCACAGUGCUGACCGCGGGAUACACCAAUGUAGGUUCAUCUAGUGGUCAGUAUCUAUGUUACCGCAGUGACCAAGAUACAGACGCUACACUAUUAUUUGGUCGAACGGCACCCAUAACAACAGACAUAUCACCACCACCAGAUGUAGGACACUCAUUGCCAAUCGUCAGACGGGUCAUAUUCCCUACAGGAGGUGAAUGGAAUAAUGAUGGUUUCGGCCCUUUCUACUGUGAGGCUUCUAAACCUGAUCGAGAUGUUACAAGGGUUACUACAUUUUUCCAACGAAAUGAUGCUAAGUUUAUAUCAAGCGAUGGAUUGUUUACAAAGACAGUCAAUGUGAAUGAGACCGGAGUGAUGAUCAGCAUGACUAGGCGUUUUGAUCCUGAUGCGCAUGACAAUGUGAUUACUUGGAUGAAAGAUGGAAGUGAGGUUCUUACAUCAUUUCGUGGGCAGACUGAGAUCAGCUUCCCAAACCCAAUCCAGACAUCGGACCAAGGAAUCUAUGAGAUCUACUAUGAUAACAAGAGGAAUCAAAAUAGAGGAGGAUUAUACAGACUCAUCGUCAGAGAAUGCCCUGCUGGUAAGUGGGGUCCUCCUGAGUGUUAUGGUAUCUGUGAUAAAUGCUACAAUGGUGGAGUCUGUGAUGACAAGUCUGGUCUGUGUAUCUGUCCUAACAACUUCAAGGGACCGAAUUGUUUAGAAAUUUGUAGAUCUGAUGGUGGAAAUCGAUUUGGAUGGAACUGCGAGUUUCGAUGUUCAUAUAGGAGCCCUGUUCCUGCCACACAAUGUCAUGGGCUUCUGUUUUGCCUACCUGAUCCUUAUGGAUGUUCAUGUGACGUCGGUGCCCAUGGUCUUGCAUGUAACACACUAUGUACCAUUGGUACAUAUGGUCCAGGAUGUUCACAGACAUGUCACUGUGCAGGCGGUGGUUCAUCAUGUGACAUCUAUAGUGGAAUAUGUGCAGGGGAGUGUCAGACUGGCUGGUCUGGGGACAACUGUCAAAUUCCAGAUGAAUGUGUAGACGGUUACUAUGGAUCUCAAUGCACUGAUAAAUGUCAUUGCUUGAAUGAUGAACCAUGUGAUAAAGAUACUGGAGAGUGCCCUGAGCAGAAGUGUGCUCUAGGAUACAAAGUACGCAGUGGCCAGGUCAAAUGUCAAGAGUGUGAAGGGGGUACCUUUGGUCUUGAUUGUGUUCAGCAAUGUCAUUGUGCUCCAGAGGCUUGUGAGAAGGAGAGGGGUCUUUGCAAGGGACAAUGCCUUGAUAGCUGGAUUGAACCAUACUGUCAAAGAAUAUCCAGAUUGGUUCCAGUGAGAGUGAACCCAUACCGACCAUCUAGCUUCACAUGUUUUGUUGAGGGUAUCCUACUUCCCGAUGAAGCCUCAGUUGAUCUUUACAGACGUACUGGCAGCACCAAUGACAGGACAGGAAUCACCAGGAGAUCUACCACUGUCUCGGGGUCAGAACGGGCUGUUGUCUUUGAUGUUGCAAGUGUUUUUCCAGAGGAAUAUGGGGAAUACGUUUGCACCUUUACUGUUGAAAACACCGGCUAUCCCAGUACGUCUAAUAUCAACCCAACUUUUGGUGAGCAAAUUGCGUGA